AUGAAUCAACAAAAUGUACCAACAAAUGAAAAUGCGACAAGUCAUCAUGUUCAACAUCAGGCUCAUGAUAACGACAAUCGUUUCUCAGUACCAAAUCGGAUUUCACUUCGCACAGUUCCAAUAAUAGUGAAAAAUGGAAGUAAACAGUUGACUGUAAAUGCACUGUUGGACGAUGGCAGUUCAAAAUCAUACAUUAAUGCAGAUGUAGCUGCAGAAUUAGGAUUAGACAUAGUAUCUAAUGCACAGUUGAUAACGGUAAAUGUUACGAAUGGUAGAAAAGAAACUUUUGAAACUGCACCUGUGAAAUUUCAUAUUGAAGGCUUGAAUGAUCAAGUGAAAAUGGGAAUGGAGGCUACAACAACAACUUGUGUAACAGGAAAUCUCAGAACAGUAGACUGGAAUAAACAAUCUGGACAGUUUAAACAUCUAAAUGAUGUAAAUAUCGAAAAAUCGAUAGAAAAAUUCUGGGAAAUAGAACACAUUUCACAAAAAGGAAGUACCAUGUCAGUCGAAGACGAAUCCAUUGUGAAACAAGUAAAAUCUACGAUAACAUGUAGUGAAGGACAUUAUCAAGUAUCCAUUCCAUGGAAUGAGAAAAAGCCGUCUCUGAAAAAUAACUAUGAAAUGGCAUUACAGAGAUUAAGAAACACAGAAAAGAAAAUAGAGAAAGAUCCAGUUGUGAAAGAAGCAUAUGAAACCACACUACAGAAAUAUCAAAAUAAAGGUUAUAUAACGGAAGUUAACCCGAAUGAAAGUUUCAAUGACAGUGAGUGGUAUUUACCACAUUUUCCGGUAGUUAAACUGGAUCGAGAGACAACUAAAGUCCGUAUUGUUUUCGAUGCAGCAGCAAAAUCAGAGGGAUUAAGUCUAAAUGAGGCGAUAUAUCAGGGACCAAAGUUGCAGAAUGAAUUAUUUGAUGUAUUGUUGAGAUUUAGAAGUCAGCCCAUAGCAAUUAUGUGUGAUAUUGAAGAGAUGUACUUACGUGUAGGAAUUAACCCUAUUGACAGAUCAUAUCACAGGUUUCUUUGGAAUUCUUCAACACCAAUUCGGUAUGAAUUCAAAACACUGGUGUUUGGAGUUAAUGCAUCACCAUUUCUAGCCCAAUAUGUUUCUAGACAUAAUGCUGAAUUACAUAAAGAAGAAUAUCCACGAGCUGCAGAAACGGUCUUUAGUUCAACAUACAUGGAUGAUAGUAUGGAUUCUGUGUCUACCGUAGUAGAAGGUAUUGAAUUGUAUUAUCAGCUAUCAGAACUUUGGGCGAAAGCAAACAUGUAUGCAAGAAAAUGGCUGUCAAAUUCGGCUGAUGUACUAGAAAAAAUCCCCACUGAGCAUAGAGCUUCUAAAGUUGAACUGGACAAAAAUGACUUGCCAACUGUAAAAACACUUGGUGUAACAUGGUUAGCUAAUGAAGAUUGUUUUAUUUUCAAUGUGCAAGAGUCGGAUAACUAUACAACAUUGACAAAGAGAACAAUUCUAAGAAAAAUAGGGACUAUAUUUGAUCCACAUGGUUUUGUUGCACCAUAUAUCGUGCGAGCAAAGAUUCUGAUGCAGGAAUUAUGGUUAGCUGGAUUUGAUUGGGAUGAAAUUGUUCCAAAUGAAAUGAAUGAAACAUUUUUGAGGUGGCUAUCUGAAUUGAAAGAACUUAAACAAAUCAAAAUACCAAGAUGUAUAAGACAUGAAAGCUAUGUUCAGCCAAAAAGAGUAACAUUACAUGCAUUCGGUGAUGCAUCAGAAAAAGCUUACGGUUCAGUAGUGUAUGCUCGCUGUGAAGAUUCUGACAAUAACAUUUCGGUUAGACUCGUUGCAGCAAAAAGUAGAGUAGCACCGGUUAAGACGAUAAGUAUUCCUAGAUUAGAGCUUUUGGCAGCUGUUCUGUGCUUGAAACUUACAUUGUCAAUUUGUGCUGCACUGAACAUUUGUAUUAACAAUUGCACAUUUUGGACAGAUAGUAUGAAUGUUUUACAUUGGAUACGAAAUAGAAGCACAAUUUUCAAACCAUUUGUUGCUAAUAGAAUUGGAGAGAUUCAGUAUCAUUCAAAUCCUAUACAAUGGCGACAUGUACAAGGAAAACAAAAUCCGGCUGACAUUUUAAGUAGAGGAUGUUCAAUAUCUUAUUUAGAAACGAACGAAUUGUGGUGGAACGCACCUGAAUUUCUGAAGAAAAAUGAAUGCGAAUGGCCAAAAAGUAAAGUUGAAUUUUCACAUGAGAACAGUUAA